AUGCUCGCACUCCGCCGCGCAUCCGUCAUCGCCCGUGCGUCGGCGCAGAAACGCUGCCUGUCGAGCGUCAACCUCGGCGACACGUCCGUGAGCGCGCGCUUCCGCGAGCCGGACCCGAGCAAGCCCAAGAUCGUCCUCGCCUACAGCGGCGGCCUCGACACGUCGACGCAGCUCGCCUACCUCGCCCACGAGAAGGGCUACGAGGUCUGCGCCUACAUCGCGGAUUUGGGCCAGGACGACGUCGUCGACGCCGGCGCGAUCGAGGAGAUCAAGGCCAAGGCGGAGGCGUCGGGCGCCUACGCCUUCGAGUGCGUCGACCUCCGCCGCGAGUUCAUCCGGGACUACGUCUACGAGUGCAUCAAGGCCAACUGCCUCUACGAGGGCCGCUACCUGCUGGGCACGGCGAUGGCGCGGCCGUGCAUCGCCAAGAAGCAGGUCGAGCUCGCGUGGCGCGAGGGCGCGGAGUACGUGAGCCACGGGUCCACCGGCAAGGGCAACGACCAGGUGCGCUUCGAGCUCUGCUACCUCGGCAUGGACGCGAACCUCCAGUGCGUGACGUUGUGGCGCGAGCCCGAGUACCUCGCGAAAUUCGAGGGCCGCCAGGAUUUGCUGGAUUACGCGGCGCUCCACGGCAUCCCCGUGUCGCAGACGAAGAAGCACUCCUACUCCGAGGACGAGAACAUCAUGCACAUCUCCUACGAGUCGGGCGAGCUGGAGGACCCGGCGUUCCCGGGCGUCGCGAACGAGUACCCGGGCCUCGUGCUCAAGAAGAAGACGCGCGACCUCAAGGACACGCCCGACGCGCCCGCGAAGAUCGAGCUCGACUUCGAGGCCGGCGCGCCCGUCGCGCUCCGCGAGUUCGACGCCGCGGGCAAAACCGUGACGGCGUCGCUCGGCGCCGACCCGCUGCCCUUGUUCGCGCGGCUCAACGAGCUCGCGGGCGUCCACGGCGUCGGCCGCGUCGACAUCGUCGAGAACCGCUACGUGGGCAUGAAGUCGCGCGGCUGCUACGAGACGCCCGGGGGCACGGUGCUCGCCGCGGCGCACCUCGACCUCGAGACGCUGACAAUCGACCGCGAGGUCAUGCGGCUCCGCGACUCCCUGAGCCUCAAGUUCGCGGAGCUCGUCUACAACGGCUACUGGUUCUCGCCGGAGAUGGAGUUCAUCGACGCGGCCAUGCAGCACGCGCAGAAGCCCGUGUCGGGGACCGUCGCGCUCGAGCUCCACAAGGGCCACGUCAUGCCCCGGGGCCGGUCGAGCCCCCACAGCCUCUACGACAUGAAGAUCGUGUCCAUGGACGAGGAGGGCGGCUUCGUGCCCCAGAACUCCACGGGCUUCAUCCAGACCCUGUCCACGCGCCUCAAGGCCUCCAAGAAGCGCGACGCCGCCGCCAAGUAG